UACGUGUGAGUCAGUCACCAUUGUGUCAGCAUGUUAAGAUUCCUGUGUAACGAAGGCAUUUUGUUCUUUGAUAGAGAUUUAGCAAAGAGCAUGGCGCUUUUGUUCUGCACGUUUUUAGAUUAGAUUCGUUUAUCGGUCGACAGUGUGAAAAACAAAUCCGUAUGGCUUACAUUUUAUAUUUUAAAAGCCACGUUUUAUAGUAAAUCAAUUCAGAAAUAAUGCUAAUCAGAAAUAUAUCACAGGUGUGAUGUGAACGGAGUUUGAAGGAUACAUUUAAGACUAUGCGGUAGCCUAUAUAUUUUUUUAUAUUUCAAAUGUAUUUUCAUAAGAUACGGUGAACUAGUAAUGUUUCCCAUUUAUUACAGAGACUUUUACAAUACAUUUAGUUCGUGUAUGCUGACCCUGAGCAACAAAAAAUAAGUUAGUAUACGCUAAACUAGAACAGAGACAAUAGAAAACUCAUGUUUUAGCUUUUGCAUUAAUAACUCCUCGUCUUCUUUAAAUUAAGGGGUCAAUUUGCACUGAACCAAAACUAUCAAGGGGGAUAUGUGGCGAUCGAGCAUAGCUAUAGGUUGGUGUGGGAUCGUCCUUCUCAGUUUGAAAUAAAAGUUUUGCAAAUGUUACUUAGGAGCGAAAGCUUAUAAUGCAAUGUAAAUCAGGGCCAAUCGUCGCAAUUAGUAAGGCGUGGGAAUGCCAUUAAUUAGGACUGCUGUGGCUUUGUAUGGUGUAGCCGUGCAUAAUGACGUGAUCAUGUGAGAUCAUGAAAAGUCGAUGACAGCACAAGAACAAGUAAAACCAUAAUAUGAAAUUCUGUUGAUGCCAUCUGCAUAAACACUAGCACCGCGAUAAAGAGGCUUGAGAUAUGCAGAACUAAUUCCCCAUUGAGGAAUAUAGUUUGCUAAAGCUGGAUUAUUUGAAACCCAUUGCGUUUCUUUUCUUUAUAUCAGUGAAACUGGGGUUGCUUCUAAGGGUCUGCAUUGCUUUGAAGGGAUGUGCAAUUAUCAAGUGAAAUAGAGGGCAUUUUAAAACAGCUGCUGCUGCAGAUUUACCUUUAAUUAAUAAGCACUGUAGCUAUUUAAAAAAAAUACAUGCAUGCUAUUUUAAGCAAGCAACAUAGACACAGCGUAUUUCCCUAGGUCUGGUAGGCAUGCAUACAGUAUUUUCCAAUACAUUUUAACAUGCAUCGUGUUCUAUAUAUACACCAGCUCUGGAGCUGACUCAACUAGGCUGCAACCUCUUCUGACAUGCGCAUUGCGCUCCUCCCGUGUAAUUGAAGAGUGAAGCACGGCAGAUUUAGAUUGCAAUGAAUUCGUUCUGAGGUUUUCCCCCUCAUCAUAUUUAACCUCCUGUUUCUAACAAAAUGGCAACAAGAGUACAUUUAUCGUUAAUAGAAGCGUGAAGUUCCACUUCUAGGAAUUUAGGGGUAUUUAAAACAGAAGAAGCGUAUGCAGUGCCCUUUUGUUGUGGAGUGGAACUUUGUUCAGAAAAAUAACUCUUGGGACAGGGAGAUCCAGCCAUGGAAGAUGUUGGAUCCGCUCUGGAGAAGAACGCCGCGGAGCUCACAGUAAUGGAUGUGUAUGACAUCGCUGCCGUGGUGGGACAGGAGUUUGAGCGGAUUAUAGACCAGCACGGCUGCGAGGCGCUGGCCAGGCUGAUGCCCAAAGUAGUGCGGGUGCUGGAGAUUCUGGAGGUCCUGGUGAGCAGAAACAACAUCAGCCCUGAAACCGAAGAGCUGCGGCUGGAACUGGACAGGCUGCGCCUGGAGAGGAUGGACCGGAUGGAAAAAGAGAAGAAGCACAAAAAGGAGCUGGAGCUGGUGGAGGACGUGUGGAGAGGGGAAGCCCAGGACCUGCUGACCCAGAUCACACAGCUUCAGGAGGAGAACAAGAACCUCCUCACCAGCCUCUCCCCCAGGGACAACAGCAUGACUGAGGAGGACUUUCACAAGCACGAAGGGAUGUCCGAGAGGGAGAGGCAGGUGAUGAAGAAGCUGAAGGAAGUCGUGGACAAGCAAAGGGACGAGAUCCGAGCCAAAGACAGAGAGCUAACCCUGAAGAAUGAGGACAUUGAGGCAUUACAGCAGCAGCAGAACCGGCUGAUGAAGAUCAACCACGACCUGCGGCACAAGAUCACGGUGGUGGAGGCGCAGGGCAAGGCGCUCAUUGAGCAGAAGGUGGAGCUGGAGGCGUUCCUACAGACCCACGAGCAGGAGAUGGGCAAGCUGCGGACCGAGAUCGGGAAACUGAGGGAGAAACUGCAGGGCGAGCCCAGCCACAACGGAGAGAAGCCCAAGGUAAUGAGAUCUGUCUCUCCUCGGCUGGAUCUGUCUGCCAGAAAGAAAGCAAACCUGGCAGACACCAGGAGAAGCAGAAAAAAAGCAACAUCAAAAAGUAGCUUUUGUUUUAUCAUUCUUCCUUAGGAGUCAACUGAAGCUGGUACAGUAGCUCUGUCAAGGUAUCUAAUCUGGUAAUUCUUGCACUGAUGUUAUUUGAGCUCCCUUUUAUAAAAUAGCCUGAUGUUGAAAUGAAGCAGUCCCCUUGCUAAAGUAAGACACGUUGAUUGGUUUACUGCUGUAACUCCUACUUUGAAAAAUAAUUUAAUAAUGAAAACUGAUAUGAGAGUCUAUAGG